AUGGAGGGUAUGGAACCUCUAUACGGCAAUGUGGCAGCAGAACCAAUGGACAUUGGAGAGGUACCUCCUCCUCCACCAACUGCCGCUCAGCUUCUAGAAGAAAAGGCUAGAAAAUGGAAACAACUCCAGUCGAAACGGUAUGCAGAAAAGAGGAAAUUUGGCGUAGUGGACACACAAAAAGAAGAGAUGCCGCCAGAACAUGUACGGAAGAUAAUCCGUGAUCAUGGAGAUAUGACAUCUCGUAAAUUCCGACACGACAAAAGGGUCUACCUGGGAGCUUUAAAAUACAUGCCUCACGCUGUCCUCAAGCUCUUAGAAAACAUGCCUAUGCCAUGGGAGCAAAUCAGAGACGUCAAGGUUCUUUAUCAUAUUACCGGAGCAAUCUCUUUCGUCAAUGAGACGCCUCGUGUCAUUGAGCCUGUAUAUUUGGCACAAUGGGGAACCAUGUGGAUCAUGAUGAGGCGAGAAAAACGUGAUCGUCGCCAUUUCAAGCGCAUGCGAUUCCCUCCUUUCGAUGAUGAAGAGCCGCCACUCGAUUAUGCAGACAAUAUUCUCGAUGUAGAACCUUUGGAACCAAUCCAAAUGGAGUUGGAUCCGGAAGAAGAUCAAACUGUUGCUGAGUGGUUUUAUGAUCACAAGCCACUUGCUAGUACAAGGUUCGUGAAUGGUCCAACAUAUAGGCGAUGGGCCUUCAGUAUUCCUAUAAUGGCCACACUUUAUCGUCUCGCAAAUCAGCUUCUGACUGACCUAACUGAUGAUAAUUAUUACUAUUUAUUUGAUCUGAAGUCCUUCUUCACUGCUAAAGCUCUGAACGUGGCGAUUCCUGGUGGACCUAAAUUCGAGCCUCUUAUCAAGGAUAUUAAUCUGGAUGAGGACUGGAAUGAGUUCAAUGACAUCAACAAAGUGAUAAUCAGAGCACCAAUCCGAACGGAGUACCGUAUUGCUUUUCCCUACAUGUACAACAACCUCGUUAACGCACUGCCGGUCCAGGUUUCAUGGUACCAUACUCCGUCCGUAGUGUACAUCAAGACUGAAGAUCCUGACCUUCCGGCAUUCUACUUUGACCCUCUGAUCAAUCCGAUCGCCAUAAGCGGGUUGGAAAAGACAGUAGAAAACCUCCCAGACGAUGACGAAAUGAACGAGUUUGAACUUCCCGAAGAUGUGGUCCCUAUUUUCGAGGAGGUUCCCCUGUAUACUGACAACACUGGUAAUGGCAUAGCACUACUCUGGGCACCUCGUCCGUUCAACAUUCGUUCUGGGCGUACACGAAGAACUAUUGACGUUCCCCUAGUGAAGAGUUGGUAUCGCGAGCAUUGCCCUGCAGGAAUGCCCGUAAAAGUACGUGUAUCUUACCAAAAGUUGUUGAAGGUAUUCGUAUUGAAUGCGCUUAAACAUCGUCCUCCGAAGCCACAGAAGCGAAGAUACUUGUUCCGUUCGUUCAAGUCUACAAAGUUCUUCCAAACCACCACUCUGGACUGGGUCGAAGCAGGAUUGCAGGUCUUGCGACAAGGCUACAACAUGCUGAACUUGCUUAUCCAUCGUAAGAAUCUCAACUAUCUUCAUCUGGAUUACAACUUCAACUUGAAGCCGGUGAAAACUCUAACGACCAAGGAGCGUAAGAAAUCACGAUUCGGUAACGCUUUCCACUUGUGUCGUGAGAUUCUGCGUCUCGCGAAACUUGUGGUUGAUGCGCAUGUACAGUACAGACUCAACAACGUUGACGCUUACCAACUUGCUGACGGCCUGCAGUAUAUCUUUGCGCAUGUUGGCCAAUUGACCGGAAUGUACCGAUACAAAUACAAACUGAUGAGACAGGUACGAAUGUGUAAGGAUCUAAAGCACAUCAUUUAUUACCGCUUCAACACAGGAGCUGUCGGCAAGGGUCCCGGAUGCGGUUUCUGGGCCCCCGGGUGGCGAGUCUGGCUGUUCUUCUUGAGAGGAAUAACACCUCUGCUGGAGAGAUGGCUAGGAAAUCUGUUGUCGAGGCAAUUCGAGGGUCGACAUUCAAAAGGUGUUGCAAAGACUGUCACUAAGCAACGAGUGGAAUCCCAUUUCGAUCUGGAGCUGAGAGCUGCUGUGAUGCAUGAUAUUCUGGAUAUGAUGCCUGAGGGUAUCAAGCAGAAUAAGGCCCGUGUAAUUCUGCAGCAUCUCAGUGAGGCAUGGCGUUGUUGGAAGGCGAACAUUCCGUGGAAGGUGCGUCAGUUUAAUCCAUUGAAUACUUUACGUUUUAAAUGCUUCUUCUCUAAGGUCCCUGGUUUGCCGACUCCCGUGGAGAAUAUGAUUCUCCGUUAUGUAAAAGCCAAAGCCGAUUGGUGGACAAAUUCAGCUCACUAUAACAGGGAGCGUGUUCGUCGAGGUGCCACUGUAGACAAAACUGUGUGCAAGAAGAAUCUGGGAAGACUUACUCGGCUGUAUUUGAAAGCGGAGCAAGAGCGUCAGCACAACUACCUGAAAGAUGGACCAUAUAUUUCUGCUGAAGAAGCGGUGGCCAUUUAUACAACAACUGUGCAUUGGCUAGAGUCGAGGCGAUUCUCUCCUAUUCCAUUCCCACCGCUGUCAUACAAACACGACACGAAACUCCUUAUUCUGGCGCUCGAACGUCUCAAGGAGGCAUAUAGUGUGAAAAAUCGUCUUAACCAGUCGCAAAGAGAAGAGUUGGCUCUGAUUGAACAGGCCUACGACAAUCCUCAUGAGGCUCUGUCUCGUAUCAAGCGUCAUAUGCUCACGCAGAGGGCGUUCAAGGAAGUCGGAAUCGAAUUUAUGGAUUUGUACACUCACCUGAUUCCUGUAUAUGACAUUGAGCCAUUGGAAAAGGUGACAGAUGCGUAUCUCGACCAAUAUCUCUGGUAUGAGGCUGACAAGAGAAGACUGUUCCCUUCAUGGGUGAAACCAGGUGAUACGGAACCUCCUCCAUUGUUGGUUUACAAGUGGUGCCAAGGAAUCAACAAUCUGCAGGAUGUAUGGGAAACUGGAGAAGGCGAGUGUAACGUAAUGAUGGAGGCAAAGCUAGAGAAAGUUGCAGAGAAAAUGGACCUUACGCUUUUGAACAGAUUACUGAGGUUGAUCGUGGAUCACAACAUUGCCGACUAUAUGUCUUCGAAGAAUAACGUUUUGAUCAACUACAAAGACAUGAACCAUACAAAUUCCUUUGGAAUCAUUCGUGGUCUGCAGUUCGCGUCGUUUAUUGUACAGUACUACGGCCUGGUUUUGGAUCUCCUCAUUCUUGGUCUUCGCCGCGCUUCAGAAAUUGCAGGUCCACCACAGUGCCCCAAUGAGUUCCUCACCUUCCAGGAUAUUGCAACGGAAACAGUACAUCCAAUUCGUCUUUAUUGUCGAUAUAUCGACAGAAUCUGGAUAAUGUUUAGGUUCACGGCUGACGAAGCGCGUGAUCUUAUUCAGAGGUAUCUGACUGAACAUCCAGAUCCUAAUAAUGAGAAUAUUGUCGGGUACAACAAUAAGAAGUGUUGGCCACGAGAUGCACGAAUGCGUUUGAUGAAGCAUGACGUAAACUUAGGCAGAGCUGUUUUCUGGGAUAUAAAAAAUCGUCUGCCUCGAUCAGUAACUACGAUUGAGUGGGAAAAUGCGUUUGUAUCCGUGUACAGCAAGGAUAAUCCAAAUUUGCUCUUUGACAUGGCUGGAUUCGAAUGUCGUAUCUUGCCGAAAUGCCGCACAACAGCCGAAGAGAUUACUCACAGAGAUGGAGUAUGGAAUCUGCAGAAUGAAGUCACAAAGGAGCGUACAGCCCAGUGCUUCCUGAAAGUCGAUGAGGAGUCUAUGUCAAAGUUCCACAACAGAAUCAGACAAAUUCUUAUGUCAUCUGGUUCCACGACUUUCACGAAGAUUGUCAAUAAAUGGAACACUGCUCUCAUUGGUCUAAUGACCUACUACAGAGAAGCUGUGGUCAAUACUCAGGAGCUGUUGGAUCUUUUAGUGAAAUGCGAGAAUAAGAUCCAGACUAGAAUUAAGAUCGGUCUCAACUCCAAGAUGCCAGCAAGAUUCCCACCGGUUGUGUUCUACACUCCUAAAGAAAUUGGCGGCUUAGGUAUGCUCUCGAUGGGUCACGUGUUGAUUCCUCAAAGUGAUUUGCGCUGGAUGCAGCAGACUGAUGUUGGUGGCAUCACCCAUUUCCGGUCUGGAAUGACCCACGAUGAAGACCAACUGAUUCCAAACCUGUACCGAUACAUCCAGCCAUGGGAAGCUGAGUUUAUCGACUCGCAACGUGUGUGGGCCGAAUACGCUCUAAAGCGUCAAGAAGCAAACGCUCAAAAUCGUCGUCUGACAUUGGAGGAUCUCGACGAUUCAUGGGAUCGUGGUAUUCCACGUAUCAAUACUCUGUUCCAAAAGGAUAGGCAUACUCUCGCUUACGAUAAGGGAUGGCGUGUGAGGACCGAGUUCAAAGCGUACCAGAUUUUGAAGCAAAAUCUUUUCUGGUGGACUCACCAGCGACACGACGGAAAACUUUGGAAUUUGAACAACUACCGUACUGACAUGAUCCAAGCUCUAGGUGGCGUCGAAGGAAUUCUGGAACACACUCUGUUUAGGGGUACCUACUUCCCAACAUGGGAAGGUUUGUUCUGGGAACGAGCAUCUGGUUUCGAGGAGUCGAUGAAGUUCAAAAAACUAACCAAUGCUCAGCGGUCCGGUCUGAAUCAGAUUCCUAAUCGUCGUUUCACAUUGUGGUGGUCGCCCACAAUUAACCGAGCAAAUGUAUACGUUGGUUUCCAAGUGCAACUGGAUCUUACUGGCAUUUUCAUGCAUGGAAAGAUUCCAACGCUGAAGAUUUCUCUUAUACAAAUUUUCCGUGCUCACUUGUGGCAGAAAAUCCAUGAGUCUGUAGUUAUGGAUUUGUGCCAGGUUUUCGAUCAAGAACUGGAUGCACUCGAGAUUCAAACUGUGCAGAAAGAAACUAUUCAUCCAAGAAAGUCAUACAAAAUGAACAGCUCUUGUGCUGACAUCCAAUUAUUUGCGCAAUACAAGUGGAAUGUUUCGCGCCCAUCGUUGAUGGCUGAUAGCAAAGAUGUGAUGGACAGUACAACAACGCAGAAGUACUGGAUUGAUGUGCAGCUUCGUUGGGGAGAUUACGACUCCCAUGAUAUCGAACGAUAUGCAAGGGCUAAAUUCCUCGAUUACACCACGGACAACAUGUCCAUUUAUCCAUCUCCAACGGGUCUACUCAUUGCAAUGGAUCUCGCGUACAACUUGUACAGUGCGUACGGUAAUUGGUUCCCUGGGAUGAAACCGCUGAUUCGACAAGCUAUGGCAAAGAUCAUCAAGGCCAAUCCGGCCUUCUACGUAUUGCGUGAGCGUAUUCGAAAAGGACUGCAGCUGUAUAGUUCAGAGCCAACAGAACCGUAUCUUACCAGUCAGAACUAUGGAGAGUUGUUCUCAAAUCAGAUCAUUUGGUUCGUGGAUGAUACAAAUGUGUAUCGUGUAACCAUUCACAAAACAUUCGAAGGUAAUUUGACAACGAAACCAAUUAAUGGUGCCAUUUUCAUCUUCAACCCCCGUACUGGGCAAUUGUUCUUGAAGAUUAUUCACACUUCGGUUUGGGCAGGCCAGAAACGUCUGAGUCAGCUCGCCAAGUGGAAAACUGCAGAAGAAGUUGCUGCUCUGAUCAGAUCUUUACCGGUGGAGGAGCAACCACGUCAAAUUAUUGUAACUCGAAAAGCUAUGCUGGAUCCUCUCGAGGUUCAUCUUCUCGAUUUCCCAAAUAUUGUGAUCAAGGGUUCGGAACUGAUGUUGCCAUUCCAAGCGAUUAUGAAGGUUGAGAAGUUCGGCGAUCUAAUCUUGAAAGCUACUGAACCUCAGAUGGUGCUGUUCAAUCUGUACGACGACUGGCUUAAGACUAUAUCAAGUUAUACUGCGUUUUCUCGAGUUAUUCUGAUUAUGCGUGGUAUGCAUAUCAACCCCGACAAAACAAAGGUGAUAUUGAAGCCGGACAAGACGACGAUCACCGAGCCUCAUCACAUCUGGCCGUCUCUUAUUGACGAGGAGUGGAUCAAGGUCGAAUUGGCUCUGAAAGACAUGAUUUUGGCUGAUUAUGGAAAGAAGAACAACGUGAACGUUGCAUCGUUAACGCAGUCCGAAGUUAGAGACAUUAUCCUUGGUAUGGAAAUAUCAGCUCCUAGUCAGCAACGGCAACAAAUUGCCGACAUUGAGAAGCAAACAAAGGAGCAAAGUUACGGCCACGACAACUCGUACUGUGAACAACACGGAGAUGAAAUAAUACGGCUGCCACUACCUCGAAUUAUGAAGCAGCAACAAUGGAGAAUUCGUGCCAUAUCGGCCACAAACUUGCACUUGAGAACGCAACACAUCUAUGUGAGCUCCGACGAUGUAAAGGAUACAGGCUUCACCUACAUCUUACCAAAGAAUGUCCUGAAGAAAUUUAUCACCAUAUCGGAUCUCAGAACACAAAUUGGCGGCUUCCUCUAUGGUGUCUCACCGGCUGACAAUCCUCAAGUAAAGGAAAUUCGAUGCGUUGUCUUGGUGCCUCAAACAGGAAAUCACCAACAAGUACAAUUCCCUUCACAUCUUCCACAGCAUGAACUGCUGAAAGACCUGGAGCCCCUGGGGUGGAUGCACACGCAACCUAACGAGUUACCGCAGCUGUCACCUCAAGACGUUACCGCACACGCUCGAAUAUUGUCAGAAAAUGCAAGUUGGGAUGGAGAGAAGACCGUCAUCAUAACUUGCAGUUUCACUCCGGGGUCCGUGUCUUUGACUGCUUACAAGCUCACACCUUCAGGAUAUGAGUGGGGCCGCUCAAACACUGACCGAGGAAACAACCCAAAGGGCUAUAUGCCGACUCAUUAUGAAAAGGUGCAGAUGCUGCUGUCGGACAGAUUCCUCGGCUAUUUCAUGGUACCAAGCUCCGGCGUUUGGAAUUUUAACUUCCAAGGUCAGCGGUGGGCGCAGUCGAUGAAGUAUGAUGUAUGCCUUGCCAAUCCGAAGGAAUACUACCACGAGGACCACCGUCCGGUGCACUUCCACAACUUCAAGGCAUUCGACGAUCCUCUUGGUAUAGCAAUGGCUGAUCGUGACGACAGCUUUGCGUAG